CUUUCAUCGGAAUAGAACGCCGUUUCAAUCUGCUUUUGACUUAUACAGCGAAAUCAUGGCUUCCUUUCAAAUAUCUUCUGUUUUGUUACUUAUAGUUUUAUUGUAUUCAGGAUUUUCAAAGACAGAUGGACUUACAAUAACACCGAGUAUGCUUACUGGUACUACAGUCACCAUGCUUGGAAGCACGGAAGACGCAAUGACGUCAUCUCAAUCAACUGAAUCAGGAAGCACAAGGGAGGCAAUAAUGACAUCCCAUGCUGAAACUACACCAGACGUUUUAGAAACCACGGAGGUCGCAAUGACGUCAUCUCAUCAAUCAACUGAAUCAGAGCUCGGAACCACUGAGAUAGAAACCGGUGCUCCAACAAUGACGCACUCAUCAGAACCAGGAAGGACGGAGAAGAAAUUAACAACAGUUCCAACACAAACUCCAGAGAAAACGGAGAAGGUCAUGACGAACGUUCCUCCUAAAGGUCCCACACAAUCGUACGUGAUUGACCUCAGUUUUGCAUUCGGAGCUGUUGGUGUCAUGAUAGCCAUUGUUCUCUUCUUCGUGUUUCGAGGGCUGCUUCAGGAUAAAAAAGAGGAAAAAGAAAAGGGAAUGAUAACAAAGAUACCAUUGGAAAACGUAACAUCGGAAGAAAAGUAGCACGUGGAACAGGGUCAAAUGAAUUAUCUACACUGUCUACUACGGCUCUGUAGUGUAGAAACCAUUAUAAAUCAAAGAACUACCGUAGGCCAGAGGGGAGGGGGGGGGUCGUUCGAGGCAUUUUGGGGAGAAACGAGCAGGCGUGGACACAAACCAUUUUGAUUUCGGAGAAGAAAAUUUGUCACCCUUGUAAACCCCGCCCUUCUUUGUUUCAUGGACCUGCUUCUGAUAAAACUUAACAUUUUGUGCGUCGUUCUAGAGAACGUAACAAUUGGUGGUUAAUUUUAAGAUGCCGGUAAAAUAAGAAACUGUUUUAAUAGCGAACGGGACACGAAGGGAAUGUGCCAUAAUCUAUCUUCAAUAUUUCAAGAGAACGUCAAUUUCUUUUAACCAAUAUUUUACCUAUGUAUUUGUGUAAAGGCAACCACACACCUUACGACUGGUCCAUGAUCCGAUAUGGAGAAAAUUGUAUUUUGCUCAAAAUUUGAAUGAAUAUCAUCUUUUUAUUUGAGAUUCAAAUUAGCUUAAGGGAUACUAAUAUAACGAUUUUGAAUGAUCGCAAGCCUUUAUUUUGGAGUGAAGGCUAAAUCACAGUUUCAAGUCGUAGUCAAUCGUACGACUGCUAUGACGUCAUUAUGACUAAAUACGAAAUUCGAUUUUAUUAUUAUACGAAUGAUAGCAUAGAUUUGAAUAUAGGUAUUCGUACGGUGAUUUCGAACGUAACACAGUGAAAUGUCUCAAUAUUAGCAUCUAAGUCUACUACGUUUUAUUCCAAAAUCUGAAUCGCAGGGGCCGCGGAAAUGAGGGG